UAUUCAAUUUUUUUUAUGAAUGAAUCGGCUGAGGAUGCAAUUAUGACAAGGCUUGGUAGUACUCUGUCAUCCAGCCCACAUGAGAGGGACACAAGCCACCACCCUUCUCUUCAGCGAAGAACAAGGAAGUUUGUCGUCAUUCACUCCGGACUCAAUCGAAACGAUGGAGAUGCUAUUUAUAUUGCUGGGAUUUCCCUUCUUUGUCAAAGGUUGUACUGGCCUUACUCUUUAUGGAGAGGUCGGAGGGACGGUCGUAUUUCAAUGCAACUCAACUCGGGGGGACGUACAAUCUCUUUACUUACAAGGAGGCAAAGAUUUUAGAAAGGUUAUAAGUGCAUAUCAUAAGACGAAGAACCUCACUGGGCCCAGUCGACCUGACACCUACUUGAACCAUGUGGAUAAAACGGUAACCUUUCGGAAUCUAACCGUCUCAGACGAAGGGACAUACAAAUGCAUCAUAAGCCAUGGGGACCCCGGUGGAAUUACUGAAGACACUACAAUAACUCUCAUCAUAACUGAGCCCCCUCCGACGCCCAGUAUAGAGACCCAGCCGCUGUGUAACGUCACUUGUACUUUGAAGUGUACCGCGGACACCACAGAUCUGGGACCGGUCUCCUACGAAUGGAAGAAAGACGAAGGAGAGUGGACCAAGGGUGACAAGCUGAAGAAUAUCAGCAGUUCUGAUACCCCUGAGAAGUUCUUCUGCAGGCUGAAGACCCGUGUGAGGACCAGCAACACCAGCCUGCCCAUGGAAAAUCCACUCUAUAAACCAGUACCAGCAACACCCGAUGCAGUCACACUAGAGCGCCACAACCCUCAGAGCACUGGUGACGUCUCCAAUGCCUCUGGUGACGUCUCCAAUGCCUCUGGUGACGUCUCCAAUGCCUCUGGUGACGUCUCCAAUGCCUCUGGUGACGUCUCCAAUGAUCUACUCUACCUUCUCCUUUUAAUCGUACCAGUCCUGGUGUGUGUGGGGGGAUUUGCUUGUUGGAAGAAAUGCAAAGGAAAUCCACUUUCUAACGAGCAACGACCCCAAUCAGCCCCACAAGCCGAUCCAGUAUCAGCAAGCGAAGAAGUCGCAGAACGUGAGAUUUUCGUGCCUCAGCCGCCCGUUGCUGAGGAUUUGGAGAUGAAAACGUUGAAUAAUACAAAUUCAAAUGAAAACAUGUAAGUAGUCACCCAGAGUGGCCUCUACAUUGUUGCCGUCUGCGCAUCUACUAGGCCGCCUCUGAAUGUCCAACACCUGGAACACGUUGAUGGGACUACAGACCACUCCAUGUUGCUCUCAACAAGAGCAAUGAGGUCGCUGCACUCACCGGAUCAUUUGUCAAUAUUCCAACAAAGAUCAGACACAUGGAUGUCUGCUGCAACACACGCCCGGCUGAAAGUGGACAAUGACUUCCUGUUUUCCACACAGGUUGAUGAAAUUAGCCUUUGAUGCAACGUAGGGGAUGUUUUAGAUUUUUUUAAGAAUUUAUUUAACUUGCUGUUUUUUGAUUGUUUUGUUGUCCUGGGACAAACUGAUCAAGUGGAGCUAUCUAGCCUUCUCAAUCUUCUGUGGGGCUAACGCCACUGCAUUGAAAUAAGGUAUCUGGAUUUCUUGCCCCUGAAUUUAACUCUUACAAUUUCCAAUAAAUCAUUAUCAGCUUUAUUUUUCAAUGUUAAAAGAACAGUCUUCCCUGGCGCCGUUUCGGUGGCAUCUCUCAUAAAGAGCUACAGUCAGUGUUUAAUGGCGUUGAUUUACCUUUGAGCAUUUCCUAUUAUAGGCUACUGUGUAAAAUGCUGUUUAGAAUUAAUAUUUAUAUCAAGAAAGAAAGAACCAGCGAGUGACGCUCUUAUUCCUGCUCUCCUUGCUUCUAGCUUCUAGGAUCGUGGGGAUUUUUGACACUUAUUACAAGAUGAACCUUAAAAUAUGACUUAGGCAAAUAUGCUAUGGGGCUAACAACAUAAAAAUACUUGUUUCUGUACCUUUUGCUUGAUCUGGUCUGUAUGUUGUUGUUCCCUGCGCCCAUAUUUAGUACUCUGUAAGACUUGCCUGUUUACAAAAAUAGCCAGGAAACCACACCGUAACCACACCGCAAACUACAGGCAGGUUUGUAAUGAGCUCCAUCCGGCUCAUCUGGGUUAAUAUGGGCCGUCUAUGGGCUGAAUGGAUGCGAGGUGACUGUGAGAUUCACACAUAAUAAUAAUUAACAAAAUAAGCAUGAGCAACUUUGUUGUAAUUUUAUAACUUUACUGUACACAUAACAGUGUGUGCCGAUAAGUCAAUGGGCUAUGUUUUUUUUUUUUUGUUAUUUAAAAAGGUAUGGUUAGUCUGUAGAUAGUUUUGUAAUUGAUUAGUUGGGUAUGUUGACCCUGGUUAAAGUCCAGUUUAUAGCUGUUUUUUAUUGUGUGGUAUAUUUGCACUCCAAACUCUGUAAAACCAGUAAAGCUACCUCGUUGGGGUCUCAUGGUUUAGGCCCAAAAUAUUUAACUGAUAUGCUUCCAUAAUAUAAGCCUUCUAGACCACUAAGAUACUAAGAGACCAAUCUGUUAAUUAUCCCCAGAGUAAACACGAAACAUGGGAAAGCAGGAUUUAGUUACUAUGCAACAAAUAGCUGGAAUAAAUUCCCUGAGGAUUUAAGAUUUGCCACAACUCUGAGCACCUUUAAAAUAAGACUGAAGACUUUUGUUUGCUUUAGCUUUCUGCUAAAUCUUAAACACAUUGCACUUUCUAAAAAGCUUUUUUUAACUUUGCCUUUAUUUUCUAUUUUAAUACUAAAAUGCCUUUUUAACUUUCUAUUUUACUAAUUUCUUUGCAUGUUUUCUUUUACGUAUCUAUUAUUUAAUUUUAUUGUAUGACAAUGUUUAUAUGUGAAGCACUUUGAGUCUGCCUUGUGUAUGAAAAGUGCUGUAUAAAUAAAGUUGCCUUGCCUUGCCUUGCCUUAUGGCAGGGAACAUUGCUUCAGUGAAUAAACAUAACGUCAAUAAAACUUUGAUAGCCUACAUUAACUCGUCCUUGAAUCGAUUUCUGCAUGAGUAAUUUUCCCCGGAAAAGGGGGUGAUAAGAAACAAAACUCCCAUGUUCCGACACUACUUCAAGAGGUCGACAAACUAGGUGUAUUGUGAUUGUCUUGAUUGAGGGGCUCCUGUCGGCAGAAGUUACAUUUACCAUUCAGUUCCUUAGAAAAUAUUCUAAUAAAAUGUAAGUAAUUAAACCUUUACUAUGUAACUUAGUGCCUUAACAAUAUUAAAAUCAAUAUACAGUAUCUGAACAAGUAAAUUCAUCCACUUCAUUCCACCUAGACCUAUUCACAACAUUGUAGCUUUGAAUUACAAGUCUGCUUUUGUCUCUUGGUCAUGAUGUCACGUGCACCAGCCAAUCGGAAGCGUCGGCCACAGGGUAGGCUGCAAAC